UUAACUUCGCCAAACAGUAAGUGGCUGCGCUGGUAUUGGUGAAAUCGUGCGACGAAGGCAGCCAUUUAUUUACCUCGUCCGUCGCGAGCAAUAAAUAAAUACGAAAAUUACUGCGUUUUGUGCGAUCUCGCGUCCCAAAAUUGUGUCCCGCGAGUGGCCACCGGUGCAGGGCAUGCGGUGCAAGUGGAGUAGCCCGGUUCCGUGCGUGAGAAGUGCGUAAAAAGUGCGGUGGAAAUGUGCGGAAAAUGUGUGCCCUAGAAGCGCGACGUGCAGCAUCGUGUCGAUGAGCGGGAGGAAGGGUAGUGGUGCUACCUGGCACAGGUUUUUUUUUGUAGUCGUCACUGGCAACAACCACCGCGAAUUUGUAAGCGGAUCGUGAAAAGCGAAACCCGCUCCGUUCUGUUUUGUGUCAUCGUGGAAAAGCCUCCCGCCCAACCCUGCUCCUUCCCCUUCUGCCUCCCCGCGGGCCGUGCAGCAAACGGCGGCAAAACUAUUUCCCUACGGCACAGAGUGCACUGGCCGCCGCCGCGUAAGAGCAGAAGCAGCAGCAUCAGCCAGGCCAAAUUGCGGGUUUCGCCGUGUGUGGUGGUGGUGCCCGAGUGCCGAAAUAUGGUUGUGAAUCGUUGUGUACGUGUGCAGUGAUUACGUUCGUGGCCGUGUUUUGUCCCGGAGUGUAGGGCAGAACCGCGGUCACUGCGCCUUUCGCGUCCACGCUCCGACUUCCGUUUGCCAAUGAAUCGUCGGCAGUCAUUGGACAAGCCAGGUGAGCAGCAAGGUAUUUUGUCUCCUCCGGGUCCAUUUCUAACACCGAGCCCAUCGCCAUCGAUACCAGCAAGCCCUCGGUUGCAGCCAUCACCUUCACAGUCACCGUUUUCGCAGCAACAGGACAUACUGCUGGUGACAAACAGCACCAUUGGUAAUGUGACUCAGGAGCAAGAUCGCAAGACAGGUGUAGCAGUACGGCGUCAAUCAUUUAGCCAACAGCAGUCUGCUCUCGUCCAGCAGCAGCAAGUGCUGAGCAACAGUACCAGCCCCAAUGCCGGAACAGUGGUGUACCGUCCUAGUCCUACGCAGUCUCCUGCGGGCGCUACGACCUACAGUAUCUCGACGACACCUGGCAAUGAAUUCAACACGACUCUAGUCGGCUCUAACAACAUUUCACUCAAUAAGAAGGGUCGCAAGUCGUCCUCUGUCAGUGCUAUUCAACAGCAACAACACCACCACCUCCUCCAACAGUCACAUGCAGGCCAUGGACAUGGAACAUUGCCCCCCGCCAGUAGCCCGAAAGCGGCGAAAAAAGCAUUGCAACAGAGCCAGCAGCAGCAGCAGCAGCAGAACGCAUACCAACAGCACCACGCCGCGGUAUCUUUCGUUGGAAGUCCCAUUGCAAGCCCCAGCCCGAUCGCAAGCCCGAACGGUGGUUCGAUACUGCUCACUACCGGAAACGGCACCGGAGGGGCUGUGGCUGCUGGUACGUCCAACGCGACUAACCUCGGUGGCUCGACACAACUGAGGCCACCAACACCGCAACCUAUCAUUCAGCAGUAUCCUGUUGUGGGGACCGGAAAUCAAAUAGUGCAAAUUUUCCAAGGUUCCCAGUUUGCAAUAACCCAGUCGCAACCUGCCACCGCGGCUACCAUAACGCAGCAGCAUCAUCAUCAGCUUCAGCAGCAGAGCGGGCGCCAUACAACUAUCGUAUCCCAGCCAAGUCCCCAGCAGCAGCAGCAGCAGCAGCAGCAGCAGCAGCAGCAGCAGCAGCAGCAGCAUCAGCUAAACCAAACCAACGUGCAGCAGCAUAUACCGUUGCAGGCGAUACAGGCGCAGCAGCUUCAUACCAUUCAGCAAUCACCAUCGCACCAGCAACAGUUUGUGCAGCAGCAUAUCAUAGCCGCUACGUCCGUCGCAUCGAGCGUGAUACCGUCGUCCGUCGCUUCUACCGCAUGUGUUACUUCUACCGGUGGGCUGGUUAUAACAGGCACCGGCUUACAGAGCUCCCCACCGGCAGCAACUGGAAGUGGUGGUGGUGGUGGUGGUGGCGGUGGUAAUGCUGCCAAUGUGAAACAUCACAAUAAAGGACCACAGCAAAUCCUUCCAAAGCCAGCCACCGCGACGCCCUCGGUGUCCCCGACGUCUUCGACCUCAUCGUCGUCCUCUUCCGCUUCCUCUACGCCGAUGUCGGUGCACCAUCAUCAGCAAAGCCAUCAUCAGGCGACGGCAUUCGUUUCCAGCUACGGCUCGACCCCAGUCGUACACGGCACUAAAACGAUCGUGACGCAACCGAAAACGGUCACUUCCGUGUCCCUGCCAACUGUAGUAUCGCAACUGCCGGCCCAGAUACAGGUCUCCCAGGCGGGCACGGUCGUGAGUGGUGGCGGCGCGACGCAGGUGCAUUUUACGACGACCGCCACUCCUCAAUCGCAGGGUACCGCGCUUAACACGGCGCAAGUGCACGGACAGAUGGUAACCACGAGUACGCAACCGGCGGGAACACAGCAGCCAGGCGCACCGACGCAACAGAACGCUACCGCAACGGCACAAAAUGGGUCCAUCAUUCUGCCCACGGGCAACAUUAACGCGCAGCCCCUGUUGCUCAACCAGAUGCCGGUGCUGGUGCAGCAGAACACACCGCAGGGGGUGCAGCUAAUAUUGCGCCCCCCCACACCGCAGCUGGCGGCCCCGAGCUUGGUAAUACACAACACGAGGCCCCAGCUGCAACAACCGCAGCCACAGCAGGUGCUGCGAAUACUGAACGCCAACGGGACGAUGCAGUUGGCGACCACGCCAACGUUCAUCGUGUCGUCCCAGGGCAACCUGGUGCAGCAGAACAUAUCCGGGCUGAAGACGAACCAAGGUGUGCCGUUAACGCAGAUUCAGGGGCUUCAGGGGCAGAGGCAGCCGCAGCAAAUCACAGCGGCCAUUAACCAGCAUCUGCUCAGCCAAGGUGUCGCACAAAUACAGAAUCUUCAGCUGAACGGCAACUUAGCCCAGAUUCAAAUGCCCAACGGUCUGAAUGGGCAGCUGCUGACGACUUCUCUUCCAGCGCAGUUUCAGCAGGCGAGCGUCGGUGGGUUUGGCAUUCAAAACCAAAACAUCAACCUAAACCAGCUGGGCAGUGUGAAUUUACAGCUUGCCACGGCGCCCGGAGGUGCCACAUUCGUGUCGCCUUCUUCCACACCAGGCGCUGCUCCAGGUGCCGCCGCACCAACUGGGGAAAUUGUUGUGAACGCUCAAAAUAUCCAAUUUACCACGACUCCCGGAACGGCACCGAACACAAUAACCGUUAACGCCCAGGGUACGCCACAAGCGCCACCAACACAGGUGUCACAACAGCAGCAGCAGCACCAGCCAGGUGGUCAGCAAAUGUUGACCACCGCCACGAUCGAUGGGCAGAUUCAAACGGCCCAAAUGAACCAUAACCACCACGCUGGGACGCCCAUUUUAACGACCGCUUCCGGGCAGCAAGUGAUCGUUACCGACGGUAUAAAGGCUCAGAUUCAUGCGCAAGCUAUCUCAGCGCAGCAGCAGCAACAAAUAUUUAAUCAUCAAAAUGCCCUACAGCAGCCAAGCGCUUCGGUGGCUAUUCAGCAAUCGAAUCAGGCUCCCCCGUCUGCUGCAGCCUUAUCCCUACCGGCCACACGAAUCGAGGUAGAAAAACCAAAAAAGGAACGGCGAAAUAAGAAAAAGGUGAAACCAAUACAGCCACCGGUCGCCACAGCGGCACCGAUGAUUGUACAACCAAGCACGCCAACUGUGAGCCAAGUGCCAAUUUCUACCAGCACUCCAACGACGACCGCGGCCGCCAGCGACCGACUAACGUCGCCCAAUUCUCCCUCGUCGUACAGCAACACGCACACUCCUACGGGGAAAUUAGACUUGGCCAAUCUGAUGAAAAUCUCCGGCAUCGGCAUCGAUGACGAUGAUUUGAUGGACACAGAUGAACCACCGCCCUUGCUGGCCACCAGUAGCAACCAUCCGGCAGCUGCCGGUGUCGACUAUCCUUCCAACAUUGUGAUACAACAUAAUGAGACGCAAAGUGGUGCCAGCAAUGCGGGCAGUGCAACAGCAGGAGGACAGCAGCAUUCGGCAAAGGAGAUGAUGUCGUCGACCGCGAUAGCUUCUUCCGGUGCACAGUCGACGGGUGGACAGGUUCUCGUACAGUCUCAGCAACAGCAGCAGCAGCACCUCCACCAAUCUGGCCCGACCGUUGGUGCCGCUGCCGGCAGUGACAUCAUGAUCACAAUACCUUCCACCGUCGGGUCGGAAAAUGUGGAAUUUCCUUACACCAUCUCGAUACCGACGUCCGGCAUAGAAAGAUCGCAGGAGAAAAAAGGUUCAUCCGAUUCCGGCCAGUCGGGUGGUCAAACGACUGCCAGUGUCGCUGCCAUGGCGGGACAGCAGCAACAGGAUGCACCGUCCUUCAUGAUCACGAUCGAUCCGGCGAGUGACACUAGCUCCGGACAGGCAUCGUACACCGUUUCGUUGCCGCGCUUCGGUGCAAGCGAUGAUUCGAAAGUCGUUAACAUUGCAACCGUCGCACCAACGGCUAGCGUGCAGGCAAUCAGUACCGCAACAACAGCUUCGAUGGCCACCUCCAACGCCGGCAGCAUGCAGCAGAACAAUACGAUCUGUGUGAACAGCUUGAUGAACAAUGUGCUCAACAAUACGCAGGUAACGCCCACGCUGCAAAGUCAAAUCAACGAAAUUCAGAACCAGCUGAUGGCUGAAGCACAGCCGCACCUGGUUGCUCCCACUUCAAAAUCAUCCAGCAGCGUGUCCUCGUCGGUGGGUCCAACGUCGCACCAUCAGCAAAUGCUGACGACAAUGGCACCGCUCGGUGGGACGGCUGCAGCUUCGGCCUCGUCCGUAGCAACAUCCACGACGACCUCGAUUGUGAUAUCUACGAGCAGUAGUAGUAAACUGUUGUCGGUUCCCUCACCCUCGCCCAAAAAGAAAUCGGCCACCGUGGCCAGUGGCAGCAAUCACGGAACGGCAGCGAUGAAUAAGAAAAAUGGAAAAAGGCUGGAAAAAUCGUUCGACACGAUUGGUACGACCAGCGCGGUACCGACGCAGAUUGGAAAUAUUCAAAUUUCGCAAGUUGACGGCACCACAGCGAACCAGAGCAAAGCGGUUAAGGGUGGCACCAUCAACAACCAAAUACAAAUAACUCCGAUCAUUGACAGCAAGGUGGUGAAUGUGGCGGGCACCCAAUACCAGAGCCUGGCGCAGAUGCAGUCGACGGCUGGGCAACCGCAGUCGACUGUCACAAUUCAAAGUCAAGUACAACAACCACCACCGCAACAGCAGCAGCAGCAGCAGCAGCAACAGAGUCAUACCAUUAUUCCAUCGAUAGGAGGAGUCACAGUUUCCCAGCAUCAACAACAGCAGCAGCCGCAACCGACGCACUCGGUACAGUCCGUACCGUCUUCGGUACAGUCGAAUGUUGUAGCAGGUGCCGGUGGGGUUGUGUUCACCACUCAGCAGCAGCAACCCACAGCCGUAGCAACAACACCUACCGUGCAGCUGAACCAAACGUCCAUCACGCCAACAACACUGAUCCAGCCGCCGCCGGCAGCUCCACCGCCGCCAGUUGCAACGGCCCAAGGAAUACUUGCUCAGCUGACGGGUAGCUUAAGCUUAUCGUUGGCCGAGAAUGGUCAGCUUAUUUUGAAGCACGACGUAAACCAACCACAAACUCCUGAAUCGCAAACUAUCCUGCAGGCCAUUCUGUCCGGUGCUUUGGGUAACAUAACGCUGGUGAAUGAGCCAUCGAAACCGCAACCUGCGCUCGCGAAUAGUAACAGUGGCAUAUCGGCCAACAUCGCACCUGUGCAGCAGCAGCAGCAGCAGCAGCAACCGGGGCAUCAUCAAAUAGUGGUGUCAGCACAACCAGCGCCACAGCAAAACAAAAAUGUGGCCGCCGUUAGUGGGCAGGUGCAGCAGAAACAGGUGCAGGGCAAUACCACAGUCACUAUUCAAACUGGUCAGCAACAGCUGCAACUCCAACAACAACAGCAGCAACUGCAACAACAACAACAACAAAUGCAACAGCAACAGCUUCAGCAACAACAUCAAUUACAGCAGCAGCAACAACUGCAGCAACAUCAACAGCAAUUGCAGCAGCAACAGCAGCAACAACAGUUUGUACAGCAGCAGUCGGUCUCACCGGCGUUUACGUCGCAAUCGUCAAACAUAGCGCCAGCCAUGCUGCAACAGCAGCACAUGCAAACCAACAACAGCAACAACAACCAGCAGCAGCCCCCCUUGCUUCACACGCAACAGUCGCAGAUGCAAACUCUGAAGCAUGUGCGCAAACCAGAAACGAGCAUCGAGCCCGUAUUGAACCAUCAGCAGCCGCUACCAGCUCAGUCCCAGCAACAGCAGCACACGGUGUUAGUCAACCCGAAUGUGCCAAAGCUUGUGGAGCUGCCGAAGGUGGGGCCCAAUCAGCAGCUGUUCUCCUUAAACACGCUCACCAACCAGAUCACGCAGCUAAGCCCGGGCCAAACGACGGCCGCGCUCGGACCGAUGGAACGGGUGCUGAUCGUGCCGACCGGAAUCAAUGCGCAACAGCUGGCACAGUGUUUGAUGCAGGGACAGAUUCACUUCAACAACGUCGGCCAGGUGACCCAGUCGAGCGAGACGCGGCCUACGCCCACCUUGACGCAAUCGCAACAACCCGCCGUCUCGGCGGCAGCAGCUACCACAACGACCACAAAGGUUCUGUCCAAUGCGCAAACUGCCGCAGCGGAACAGCAGCAGAUCAAAAAUCCGGCUUUAAAAGGGCAGCAAAUCGUUGCCAAUCCAGCAAGCAAUACUGUCAGCGCGAAGGUACUAACCAACAGUGGUAAUGUUGCAAAUGCCAACAAUGUCACUGCCGGCAAUGCUGGGUCAAUCGUGAAGGAAAAACCGAAGCGCAAUCGAUCGAAAAAACAGGAUAAAGCACAACCGUCCGCUAGCCCUUCGAAGCCGGCGAUUAUUAAAGUGAACACCAUGGCCAGUGGUUUCCCUCCGAGCGUGGUUCUGCAGCCGGGUCAGCACGCACAGCCCAUACUGUCUGAAGAUGGUACCAAAAUAGGCACAAAAAUAGUUGGUACAGUGAAUCCAAACAACUUUGUAACCAACAGCCUGCAGCAGCAACAGCAACAGGCGCAGCAACAGCAGCAGCAGCAGCAGCAACACCAGCAGCAACACCAGGGGCAACAUCAGCAACAACAGCUACAUCAACAACAUCAUCAACAGCAACUACAGCAGCAACAAUUACCUGUACAACCACCGUUGGUAGCACAGGUUCAUCCGCAGCAGCAUCAAGCGCUGAAACCUCCUGCCACGAUGGCGAUGGUUGUGAAGGGUACCAUUGGAUCAACGACGGUAACGGCAACGACUUCGUCCAGCAACAAUAUAACCGUCACUGCGACAGCGGUCAAAAAGGGCCGAACGAGUGUCGCACAACAGCAGCAGCUGCAACAUCAAGCUCCCCAGCAGCAGAUGCCACCGUUGGUUAGUGUAAAUUCCACCGUCCCGGCCUCGGCUUCACUGAGCAGCAGUUCCCCGCUAGCGGUCGGCACGCCGACCGUAGUGCCGCGGGUGCAAACAAUCCAGCUGACGCCGCAGAAGCAGCAACACCUGAAGAGCGUGCAGCAACAGAUACAGCAACUAUCGACCAAGCUACAAAACAAGAACCUUCUGUCGUCGCUGCUGAUUCCCGCCGAAUUUGAUCCAUCGAAUCCGCUCUACAACAAACCGUUGCCUUCGAUAAAGAAUUUGCAGACGAUGGCGGACAAGGAAAUUUGCACCAUACUGCAGCGGUUGUUCAUGGAGCAGCAAAAGAUUCUGUCGACUGGCAAGAUCAUUCCAACCAUCCAACCGACCGGGCAUACGUUUACCAGUGCAAGCGCACAGCAGCAAACCCUGCCCCCGCCACCUACACCGAUCAGCAGCGGGCCGGUGCACAGUGAGCCGGGUGCAAACUCUAGCGCCAGCGCUAGCACGGAGUCGAAAUCGCAACAGGCAAUAAUUGCACCGAUCACAGUUACGCCAAGCAGCGGUACGACGGUCUUUGCCGGUGGCGUCGUUGGUAGUGGCGGUGCGGUUGCUACGCCCCAGAUCGUUGGCGGUAAGCAUGAGCUGCUGGUGCCACUGUCCUCGACCACCUCGAACCCCAGCAUAAGUGUCCUAACGUCGUCCAGUGCUACCACUACCAGUGUGGCACCGUCAGUAACGCACUCGUCGAUGUCGAUCACGAUCACCAGCAGUACGCUACCGAUGCAAAGCGCCGUGCAGAAGUUCGGAAGCUCUAGCGUUGCUCUCAAUAAGCAGACCACAACGAUCAUUCCAAUAACCACCUCGUCACUGCAGCCUCCCCCGCCAUCGGCCGGUACGGGAGGACAGCAAGUGCUGAAAUCGGUUGGCUCGAUGACGACCGCGGCGACGGUGGCUUCGGUCAUUAAUAGCGUUGCGAAGAACAUCACCGUCCCGGCAGGUACGAUCGUUCCGAAGCACAUUAUGCUGUCCACCACCGGUGGUCAAUCGCAGACGAACAAUUCCGUGAUGCCACCGCUGCAUACGCUCGUACCGACGGCCCAGCAACAGGUGAACGCGUCCGGGGCUGGGCUGGGCAACAAACUGGAUGUGAGUGGAAGUGGAAGCACCGCUCUCAGUGCGAUCGUAAACCAUCAACAAUCGAUUGCAGCGAAUCAGAUGUCUAGUGCCAAUCGGUCCAACACGCCCAUUCCUCCGCCACUUGUUGCCACGGCACAUCCCGGUGGCGCUCAGCUGAAAACGUUGUCCGGCACCGCUGGUCAUGGUAGCUCUUCGAUUGUAAUCGUUGGUGGAUCUCAUGCGAUCCUGAGCGGGUCACCUCAGAUGAUUGCACAAACUGCAGCCAGAAUUCAACAGCAGCAGCAACAACAGCAGCAACAACAACAGCAACAACAACAACAACAGCAACAACAGAUACAGGUUCAAGGAAGCAGCGGUGUAAUGACUUCGGUAUCUGGAUCCUCUACGUCCACUUCUACUCCUGCAAUGGCUACAAUUGCACCGUUGCGUCCAUCUGUACCAGCUACAGCGACGGCUGUAUCCUCUACGCUACCACCUCCGUUGGUUCCGUCCAGUGUCAGCAGUAGCAGCACGGUACCGUUCAGUCCGGGCGGUAACAACGGUAGCGUCCCGUCACCGGCCGUCUGCGGUAACGGGAAUGCGGCAGUGACCACUGCAAACACAUCAACCACGGUUACAACCAUAGCGACCGUGGCGGCUUUCACUACCACAACAACAACGGCCAGUGCGCUCUCGUCGGCCGUAGUUGCUGCCUCGGCAUUGAACAAUAACUCAAGCACUCCGGCUGUAAUCAUUGCCGCUCCGGCGGGUACUUCCCCAUCCACCCCGAUGACGUACAUAACGACCAACGUACCGAACAGUCCGGCCGUGAAAGUGCCCCGUGCAAGUUUGUUUGAGAUCCAGAUACAGAAAGAUCAGGAUGCGUGCACAAAGCCGGACACUAACACGCCGUUCGGCAGCAAACAGGAUGCCAUCAAACGGCUGAUACGCUACCACUGCAUGUACGAAGAGAAGUGCGAGGAAAAUGAGGAAGAAGAACUACAGUUUGAGACGACGGCCGAAUGGUUUCCGGAGGCGUUCCGCACGAUGCUCAGUCGAUAUCAGCGGUUAAUGAUAAAUGAAUCGAUGCGUGAAGUUCGCACCUCGGAGUUGAUGCUGGUGAACAAACUGUUCAAGGCAGACAUCACACAGGAGAUUGAAGAAAUGCAAGAACAUCUCCGCGAAACGGAAAGUCUCGACCUGCCGGCAAAGGACGGUGCGGAGGACGUGAUUUGUGUUUCAUCGUCCGACGAAGACAAACCCAAACCCAAAGACGUGCCCCCGGUGCAGCCAGGAAGACAAUCUCCGAUGCUUCCCCGAACGCUACCGGAAGCUCCCAGCCACAGUGUGAGCGGUGGGUCAAGCAGAGCCGAUUCGUGCAGCGGUGCGACCAUUACAUCGGAUGCGUCAGUUGCCGUGAAUGGGCCGGCUGCUACAAACGCAAGUUUAGGGGACAGUGGAGUACGAUCAGGUGCGUUUGCCUGCGGUGAAACCUCGCUCCAGAGCACAUUCCAAAAGAGCAAUAAUAUCGCUGCCGUCAUGCAGACAACUGCAAAGCAAGAAACUGUGAACUCCAAUCGCACCAAUACCCCUUGGUGCGAUGCGUUCAAAAAGAAUGCACGGACAGUGGCAAACAGUUACGAUGAUAUCGAAAGUGAAAUCACGCCAAGCUUCAUCAUGAAGAAAGCUGACGGUGGUGUGAAUGAGGAGAAGAAGCGUGACAUUGCUACCGUUCCACCACACGGUGCAUCGUCAUCGGCAAUGGUAACCUCAACGGCGCCACCAACAUUGCGCUAUUUCAAUCAGGUACACCUACCAACGGAGCAAAAGAAUUGUGCAACGGAGAAUUCGAGGGUUGAUAACAAUUCCCUUCCACUGUCGUGCGACUCUGGGUCACCGAUUGUAACACCCCAACUGACGACUUCUGCAAAGCAGCAGGCGGUGGAGCAGAACGAUUCGGCUUACGAUGAGUGGAUGUGCUUCCAAAAAGAUCUUAGCUACUUUACUGGAAGCGGCGAUGGCAACGGUACGAAUGAAGUUGACGGUGGAGGUGUGCGAAUCGGGGCCACCAACGCUAUUGCCAAUCUUGGCAGUGAUGCCACGGGCCGGCGGAAGAUAACUGAGGAAGAGAUCCAUGAAAUGUUCAAUUCGAACGAUUCGAAAAGUGUCGACAAGCAGUUGGAGCAACUGUUCAGCACGACGGCUGACGAUAAGCCAUCGUCGGCCGUUUCUCGCGUCGAUUCACCAUUAACCGAAUUCUUCAACCACCAGCGUAGUGCAACUGGCAGCGGUGCGGAUGUUUGCGGAGUUCCAUCGGCGAAGAGUGUCGAAACGCGGCUAGACGCACUGUUUGGUGGUUGUGAAACGCUUUCACGCCAUGGUAGCGGUUCAGCCGCUACCGACACGAGAGCGUCCGGGAUGAAUGACGAUAAAUCUGAUGAUUUGAUUGCAACCCGUCAUUGGCCGUCAUCCGUAUUUCAGCCAUCACAGGAGGAAGAGGAAUCGACUUCCGAUUCGUUUCUGCACAAAACGUCGUCCAGCAGCUUCGAUGUCCUUCAGCAGCAGCACCAGCAGCAGCGUUCUUCCGGCAGUGGAGCACAGAAACGUCACUGGACGGGUGCGGUAUCAGGUGGUGGUGGUAGUUCAGCGGCGGGCAUUGGCACCUCCGCCGGGAUGUUGUAUUCAAAUGAAUCGUCGGAAAGUGAAUCAAUAACUCCGAGCAAGCGGCAGUGUUUGUCACUCGCUAGCAGCGAAAAACCACUCGACGAUGGUAGCCGAGCUAAUGUGAAGAGUGAUGAUCACCGUUGGCUAAUGGAGUGUGCCGGAAACAGUGAUACCCCCGGUACAACCACAUCCCAAAUGCAGCCCAUGGGGUCAGUCGGCUCGAACGGUUCGAUUCAGAAGUCUGCUCAAGGCUUGGACCCGUCGGAACAUCACGCUUCCCACCAUCAUCAUCAUCAUCAUCACGGUAUUGAUGAGAGCAAUAGAGCGCCGGUGAUCAAUGCUGUGCACUCUCACCAUCAUCAUAAUCCCGGGUCGGGUAUGAAUGGGCCGAUAACGCUCGGCAGUAAAGAUGCACUGCACAUACCAUCGAGCAUGAUGGGAGAUGAGGAUCCAUCGUUCCACGAACAUCACCAGCAACAACAGGAACAGCAGCAGCAGCAGCAGCAGCAACAAUUACAGCAACAGCAUCAUCACCACCACCACCAUCAUCAUCAUCAUCAGCAAGCACUCCAUGAUCUGCACCAGUUCAAUAAUAUCUCGUUCGACACGAUGGGUGUGCCGAACUUUGAGGAGGACAUCAAUCGGCAGGUGCAGAACGCAAUCGACAGCAUCUUGAACCUGCAGGCAAACGAAACGGACGGUUCCCUGCACUACUCGCUCGAUCAUUCCUUCCUUCCCGACAGUCCGCUGUCAGGUGGGCUGGGCAGCUCCGUCAAUCCAUCGCCGCUCGGUGCGAUCCACCAGCAGCACUCGGAAGCACCGCUAUCGAACCAUCAUCCGGCAGCACACCUACAGUCACAGCCACCACACCAUCGACAAUCGUCGUCGAUAUCAGCCGUCCAGCAGCAGCAGCAGCAGCAGCAGCACGUGGGCAUGAAACGGAAGUAUCCCACUGACUGUCCGUCGCCCAUGGUCGGCGUAUCGCCUGACGAUGGCAGCCCGAUGGGACCGGGUAGCAGUGGCAGUAGCAACAGCAAUAACAGCACCAUCAGCAGUCUGAGCAGCAGUAACACGACCGGCAGCACGGUCAGCUCCGGAAGUGGUAGUGGCAGCAGCGGCAGUUUGCUCGGUGUGACGAAUCACCACUUCGGUGUGAACGCUGCCGAUGGUGAUCCGUUGAAGACGAUCAUAAAAUCUUGACAACUUUCCAUCGUUGGCUAAGUGGUUGAGGACUUGUGACGGUUGCCUAAUGCUAUUGGUUCGAGUAUGGCAGCAAAAUGGAAAUUUUAUGGUUUAGUUUGCCAAAAGCUUUAGAGCUUUUUUGAGGUCUUCAAAGCUGUAGAGCAAGUCAUAUGAAAUGUUUUAGUUUAGGUAAAGCAAGCAUUUCGUUUGAAACCUUCGGGGAUAUUUUAUUUAAUAACUCAGUGGAAUUCCACUCCAAUUAUCCUUUGCUGUAUAGCACCGGAAAGUCUCUCAUGUGCAUCAUUUCAUUUGCACCCGUACCUGAUUUCUUCUGAGGGAAUCACGCUUCGACAUUAGCCGACUUGAAGAUCUCACAUUCUAAAGAGCGUUACUAAUGAACCGAACAAACAACUGCCAGCAAACGAAUAACCAAACUGUGGGAUGGUUCACGAGCAGGAAAAAAGGCGGAAGUUCAACAAGACAAGGGACACGGUUACAUUCUUAUCCAACCAAUCGAUGCAAGCCGAGGAAGUGAAUCAACAAUAAAGCGAAUAUUUAAAAACGAUUUUGAUCGAGGGGUUGUACGUAGGCUGCGAUAACGGAACGCUGAUCGAGCAAAAACGAGCAGAGUAACAAACAAAGCGCAGCGCUAAGGAAAACCGGGGGCACCUGGUGGCGUUAACGAUAAUAUUGACUUAAGGUAUAAUUUAGCUAAGGUGAAAUGAUUGAUCAUAUAAAUUAGUACUUCUUAGGAUACGUAACGGAAAGCAUGUACAUAAGCUCCCGCCACAUCGAGCCACCACGACGCGGCACACGACGGACAUAGAAAAACCCCUAUUCUUGUAGUACACGAUGUUUAAGUAGCUGGAACGUAAAUGAACAUGAGUCGAGUGUGUGUAUGUCGAUGGCGAGAAACGUUUCGUGAGUGAGACUCAUGGACUUUGAAUGGACAACGGUUUUUAUUUUUGAUUUUUAAAACGGCGCGAAAAACAGUUUGUAUUGGACAACCGUAUCCAACACAUACCCAUUGUUUGUGCAUCCCAAAGCAGCUGAACAAGAAGCGGACCGAUUGGAGCGAACUGAACCGGACUGCAUGUUUUUUAUCCAACACGUACGGGGGAUCUCUUUUUAAACCGAGAUGAUAUAUCUUGAAUUUUUAACAAACCUUAGAAACCAACGCUUUGGUUUUUUAAAACACAUUUCGUUUCUUUUUAAAUAUUGUAAAACGGGAGCGGUACACUAUGGACACAAUAAUCAAAAUCAAUAAUGCAACGGACCAGCUCGAUAUAAUGCUAGCGCGCAAUCAGAAGGUUCCGAAAUAAUGAUGAUGAAGAAUUUACAGACCAUAUGAACAAUGAUGAUAUAAAAGCUCGAUACAAACGAUAGACAAAACUUACGAAAGAGAGGGAGAGAGACAGCGAAAGGAAAGCUAGUUGUACAACUAUAUAUCUAUAUAUAUACACACACACAUACAAAUAUAUUGAAGAGAUUAUCCUUUAAACGGGUGCUUUUCAUUCUCGAAAAGUCUUGAUAGCUGGGGGUGCUUACGAACGACACAAACCGUUACCGCAGGCAAUACUUUCGAAACACUGUAAGCCAAAACAAGGGAAAACAAUAAAAACUAAAUCGUACCGAUUGCACUAAACGGAUGCUGGACUGCGCGCACGCUUUUCUGUUGAUCGAUCGAAAGAGCAGGUGGGGCGGUGCGCAUUGGAGCAUCUGCUUCUAAAUCACACCACUACCAUUACGAAACGUAAAUGUUAUUCGUGCCGAUUGGACUGUCCUGUGGUUGAGUGGUUUCUGUUCAUCUCUAUGGCAACUAAAUUUUCAUUUGAUUGCGCGUGUGUGUGUUUUGCCACGACAUAGUAGCUGACGACGGGGACAUACUACAGUCGAACGGAUCGUUCAGAAAGGGGCACUAGGACAACCCUAUUGUUUCUUCUCUCUAUAUGGCAAGCGCAAUUUUUUUUGGCGUUCGUUUCUUAUGCGUGACUUACGAACAGACGACCAUCGAUUGUCCGAAUGAGCCUACACGCAAUGCAGGAGAAUAUGUUUGAUUGUGUGCGUGCGAGCGAGAACGACAUUACUUUACUAAAUGUUGCGCUGUUUGUUCGAUCGGUAGGGUUUAGCUGGCUAGAAAGCAAUGGUAUGGCAAAUAAGUGUAUAAAACAAAAAGGUAAAUGAAUGCAAAGCUAGUAAAGGUAACGUGUGUGUGUGUGUGUGUUUGCGCGUAAUAAAUGUUGACGAAGGGACGUAGAUUCAACGGACACAAACAUUAAUUUCUAAGUAGGUAAUUGGUUUAUGCGCCCUUUUGUUUAAGUAUGUUCUGCUCAUGUGUUAAUUUUCAACUUAACUUAAAUUAAUAUUUAUAUAAAAAAACCACCUCCCCCCCCCAUUACACACCCCCGCCACACACAAUGUGGAAACUAUGUAGCGAGAAAGACAAAACAAACAUGCUCAGCUAGAGAUGGGAGGAUCGUGCUAGUAUCGGGUGAAUAUCAACAAUAAAAGCAACGAGGAUCAAUUGCGAGGACGAAAGUAACAGUGAGAAUCGUACCCAACAUGCCAAGCAAUAGAAAAAAAAUAGAGGGCCACUUGGUGUGCAGUGUCCAGUGAUUUCGAGUGGAACAUGUUUUGCUGUGUACACAAUUACUGGUUUCGGCACGUAGUUUCGGUGUAACGUACAGCUCGAAGAGCCUGAAGUUAAGUGAGCGUUAGAAACAUUAUUAGACCAUCGGUACUGUGCAUUUUGGCAAACGGCAAAAGAAAAUCCACACUUUGUAAUUUUACGUUUCCUUUAACUGUAAGAGAGAUCCUUUCUACGCCAGGACAAGGCAGGAACGGCAGGUAUUCUACUCUCACACUGUUUUUUGAUUACUACAAAGGUAAGGUAAAUGAUUCGUAUUGAAAAAAAAUCUUAUAAAAAAACCGAUACGACAAACGUAGGACACAUUUGUUAAGAAGGCAACCCAGUCGGACGCUUGUGAGAAGGUCAUAACCGGCCCAUAAUUAUCUAUCCCCCCCCCCUCCCCCCCUUCCCUUUGCUCAUAGGAGAAUUCGUUUCGUUUGAAAUCCCCAGUUUGCUCAUAGUGUAACUUCGAUUUGUGAAGACGGUUUACGAUGGAUAAGAUCAAUCAAUCGUGAUCAUUAGGGGUGAGACUCGCCGCCUGUCGGAGGGCUGUAGCGCCUAGUGGGAGUAGUGUACCACAUCUCUCUCUCUCUCCUUCGCUCCAUAAGAGGUUAAGCGAGUUAACGAAUCAGUAAACACAGCAAAUAUCAGUAUGCAGAGGCGCUAUACUGCAUUGUACAGAGCACACCAGCAUAAGGAGGUAAAGCGCAUCGCGGGCGGAUAACGAUAACACGACGGGACAUGUUUAAUGCGGGGAAGAUAAUGAAGAAAAAAUAAUCUAUCAAAAUACAAUAAAAAGCAGAUGAUUUUUAUUGAAUACAGUA